CUUCCUUCCUCACCACUUCUUCCGACCCAAGCAAGAGAAAACUAAAAACAACCCGGACCCACCAAUCACGUGGGCCCACCCACCGCCUCACCACCAGCGUCCAGGGAGGAGGAAAGGGAAGGAGGAACCGAGGAACCCGCCGCACCGCAGGCACAGGCAGGCAGGGCAGCAGAUCGCGAGUUCCGACUUCCGACGCGUCUCCGACCAGGCCGCCGCCAUUUCUCUGUCUCCACACAGCGGGAUCCCUCCGCCGCUCGCCGCUUCUCCCUUGGUCCACCGUCCACCCAACCAUGUAUAACAAUUACCGGAAUCCUCCGGGGACGCAUAUGCCCCCGCAGAAUUCUCAACCUGUCCAGUUUGACAAUCCAUUGUACGGUGCAAGCUCGGGUCUAAUCCGAUCUGGGAUAGGAGUGUAUGGGGAGAAGUUCUUGGGCUCUAGUUCAGAGUUCAUGCAAAGCAACAUCAAUAGAUACUUCUCCAACCCACAGUAUUACUUCCACGUGAACGAUCAAUAUGUCCGGAACAAGUUGAAAGUCAUAUUGUUCCCGUUCUUUCACAGGGGGCACUGGACUCGAAUAAGCGAGCCGGUCGGUGGACGGUUGUCCUACAAGCCUCCAAUAUAUGACAUAAAUGCGCCGGAUCUGUACAUCCCUUUCAUGGCAUUUGGAAGCUUCAUCAUUCUUUCAGGGUUUACAUUGGGUUUCAUGGGAAAGUUUACUCCAGAAGCUAUAAACCUGCAGUUUACAAGGGCGCUCAUCGGAUGGGGCUUCCAGCUCACGGUCCUGAAAGGCCUGCUCUACUCAAUGGGUGGCGGCGAGGUGCCACUGCUCGACCUGGUAGCGUAUGGUGGCUAUUUAUUCGCCGGGCUCUCGCUCGCCGUCGUCGCGAGGCUCAUGUGGGCGUACUCGUAUUACGUGAUGAUGCCGUGGAUGAGCCUGUGCAUGGGGGUGUUCCUGGUGAGGACGAUGAAGAGGGUGCUCUUCACGGAGAUGAGGAGCAGCGAGAGGCACUCGUCGCGGCAGCAUUACUUCCUCCUCUUCAUGGCGAUAGUGCAGUUCCCCCUGUUCUUCUGGCUCGGCAGCAUAGGCGUGUGAUACACAGUUUUGUGCGUGUUAUGAUAUUUAGAUGUGUUGUAGAAAAAAAACAGUCGGAGGAUGGUCUCACCAGCUUGUGCCCAUCCAUAUUAUGUGUUCUUGAGGAACCUUGGAUGUGGUGCUGUAUAGCUUGGGAGCUGUUGUUGUGAAGUUCUACAUGUGAUCCGUAAUCAUGUUAACUUAGUCCAUGAUGCUAUUGUUAUCAUUUAUUUACAGGGAGAUGGGUGCUAGUUAGUAUUGUGGACAUGUUUUCUAUUCAUCAGUAUUGAAUAGUUGAGGUACCCAAUUUUCCAAU